UCUGAAGACAAUGCAGCUGUGACUCCUGAUACCAGCUUGCAAGCCAGGGCAAUGGAAGUUCUAGAGGGCCGCCAGCAUACUGGUCCCGUGACAGCUCCAAAUGGAUAUGCCAACAGGAUUUUCCAAGCAAACAUGGAGGAAGGGAGUACUGAUGUGUUGGAGGGCUGUGGUGCUGAGCACUGCACCUCCAGUGACGCAAUCCCCGGUGAACGGGAGGAAGCACCCAGGUAUAAGAAGAUGACCAGGGGCAGCCGGAUCUGGAAUUUCGUUAGACGAAGGAAAGGACUCUCAACCAAUAAAGACAGACCCCAGUCCAUGAUCCUACUGGGAGUUACCUCUGAAGUCACAGAAUUAAAAAAGCCGUCUUUCAUGGACAGGGUAAGGCCAUCAAGAAAGGGAAGAACCUCCAGGGCGGCUAAGAACACGGAUUUGAGAGCAUCCACAGUCCAGGUUGCCUGUGACCCUGAAGAGGACCAUCAUGGCUCUGGGCAGAGAGCUAUCUACAGGGUUAAGAAACCAGGUGAUGGUCGGAGGCCCUCCCGCCACUCAUAUGCGGGGUACAUUGAUGAUUUGGAUUCUUCUUUUGAAGACAUAGAGCUGAACAUCAGCAUUCCUGAAAUUGAUGUCAGCGAAAGCAAAUGUCUCAGGGAUAUUAAUGUCAGGUUACACAGCGAGGAUAAUGAUAGCAACUGCCAUAAAAUACCAGCCAGAAAGAGCGAGUCUUUGAAUUUUGAGAACUUUAAGAGCCCUUCAAUUACAGAAGGGGACAAUCAAAAGAGGUGUGCUGUGCUCCCACAGGAGAGCAGAAGAGGCAGAAGCUCUGAUGUCUGGAGCUAUCUGAAAGGAAUUUCAUUAACUAGCAAAGAUAAUUCAAAGCUUCCAGAUCAAAGGGCUGAAGCCAAUUUCCAGAACUUAGAAAAUAUAACUGAUCCUUCUGCUUCUUAUUUCGACUUUGAUACAAGAUGUGAGGAGAAUCUCAACCAGCGGAAAAAAUCAAACAGUGCAACCAAAGCCACCCACUUUGGGGGUGUUAUGAGAUUCUUCACCAGUGUGGCUGAGGCAGCUCGGAGGCUGCGAGGCUCCUCAAGGGCUUUUUCACCUGAUGAGAAAAGGCCUCAGCGGAGUUUCCGCAGCUGGAAGCAGGAUGUGACCUCCCACAAAGAGGGCUUGGUUAUCGAGAACGAGAGCGCAGGGGCCUUCUGCACGGUGGGAGCUUGUCUGCAGUCCCCAGAUUCAGGAACGUGGGACAAUCUGAGCUUUGAGAGUUUGGUGGGGAAGGAGCCUAUGCAGCACUGCAAAGCCACAGAGGUGUCACACAAUGUUAGUUUCUCUGCCCUGGGCAGCGAGGAUGGUAAAUUUAAUGAAAGAUCAUUUGCACCCUUUGGGCCAGAACCAUCCUUCUCCUGCUUGCCAGAGCAUGCAGAUGACUCUUUCACAGAGCUAAACACUAAAGACCUCCCUGAGGAUCUGAUUAACUUUCCACAGACGACUUUGAGUGAACAGACUGAGGAUUCGGACAGUGCUCCAGAGAAGACACAGGUGAUGAGCAGGGAUGUGCCAUGUUCUCAAGGUCUUCCUGUGAGUAAUCCGGAUACUGCAGAUCUGGACCAUUCUCCAGCUGCUGAUGGUGAAUUCCCUGCAAUGACUGAGGCUCUGAUCCACCUUCCACAGACAUCACUGGCUAAACUUGAUACUGAGGAUGUGGCUUGUGCUCCAGUAGUUGCUAAAAACAUGGAUCCAUCUCCAGCAGUCGCUCAGGAGCUUUCAAAGACAGAACUGGAUAUGCAGGACUUGAGAAAUCCUGAGCUGCCUUUGCAAGACUUAUCUAGAGGUGAGCUGGGGAUUCAAGACACUGGCAGUAUUCUAGAGAAGACACAGGUCAUGGACAGGGACCUGACAUGUUUUCAAGGUCUUCCUGAGAAUAAUCUGGAUGCUGUAGAUCUGGACUGUGCUCCAACUGCAGAUGAUGACCUCUCUGCAGUGACUGAGGAUCUGAUCCACCUUCCACAGAGGCCCCUAACUGAAUCUAAUACCAAGGACCUGGCUUGUGCUCCAGUGGUUGCUAAAGACAUGGAUCCAUCUCCCGCAGUGGCUCAGGAGAUUUCAAGGACAGGACUGGAUAUGCAGGAAUUGAGAAAUCCUGAGCUGCCUUUGCAAGACUUGUCUAGAAGUGAGCUGGAGGGUCAGCACUUGAACACUACUCUGGAGAAGACACAGGUUGUAGGUGAGGACCUACCAUGUUCUCAAGAUCUUCCUGUGAUGAAUCAUCUGGAUCCUGUGGACUUGGGCCAUUCUGAAGCUGCAGAUGGUGACGUUUCUACAGUGACUGAGGCCUGGACCCAACUUCCACAGACAACCCUGACGGAAGAGAUUCAAGAUGUGAGCAGUACUCUGGAGAAGCCGCAGGCCAUGGGCAGGGAUCUGCCACGAUCUCAAGGUCUUCCUGUGAAUAACCUGGAUGCUGUGGACCUGGGCUGUUCUCCAGUGGUUGGUGUUGACAUUUCUGUGGUGACUUUUUUAAAAUGCACAGCAGGACAGGUUUUGGAGGAGGCUGACUGCAACCUUAAAAAGCAUGGAACUGCUUCCUUUGUAGAAGAGAACUCUCUGGAUCUAACGGAUGGAGAGGAUCAGUUUAACUGUGAUGAUGAGUGCCGGCCCUUCCAGGUGCACAUCUCCAGAAUUGUCUCCUCUGGACGCCUCAAAAAUGGAAAGCCGAUGUCUCACCCUUCUCAACCCUCCCCACAAGCAGCACCCUUCAAAGCCCUCGUGGAGAGAUGUCGCUCCGAGCCCCUCUCCCAGAGCACCCCGAUGGGGCUGGACCAGGUGGGAGGGCGCAUGCAGCACUUGCUCAAGAGACGCGCUGAAAACGAGCAGGCUUCAAAGACCCUGAAGGUGCGCGGGAACUGCCGCAACGGUGGCCGUCGAUGGAACCUCUUCAAGCCUGGAGCUGAGAAGCUACAGAUCAGUAGGCUGAUCAGUGGUGGUUCUAUUGUAAGUGCUGAGGCAGUAUGGGAUCACGUCACCAUGGCCAACCGGGAGUUGGCGUUUAAAGCAGGAGACGUAAUCAAGGUCCUGGAUGCUUCCAACAAGGACUGGUGGUGGGGUCAGAUCGAUGAUGAAGAAGGAUGGUUUCCCGCCAGCUUCGUGAGGCUAUGGGUGAACCAAGAAGAUGGUGUGGAGGAGGGCACCAGCGACGUGCAGAAUGGCCACUUGGAUCCAAGCGCCGACUGCCUGUGUCUCGGGAGGACCGUUCAGAACCGAGACCAGAUGAGAGCCAACGUCAUCAAUGAAAUCAUGAGCACGGAGCGCCACUACAUCAAGCACCUCAAGGACAUCUGCGAGGGUUACUUAAAGCAGUGCCGGAAGAGGAGGGACAUGUUCAGUGAUGAACAGCUAAAGAUCAUCUUUGGUAACAUUGAAGAUAUCUACAGAUUUCAGAUGGGUUUUGUCCGGGACUUGGAGAAACAGUACAACAAUGAGGACCCUCAUCUCAGUGAGAUUGGACCAUGUUUCCUUGAGCACCAAGAUGGCUUCUGGAUCUACUCGGAGUACUGUAACAACCAUUUGGAUGCGUGCAUGGAGCUUUCCAAGCUGAUGAAGGACAGCAGGUACCAGCAUUUCUUCGAAGCCUGUCGCCUCUUGCAGCAGAUGAUCGACAUCGCCAUCGACGGUUUCCUUCUCACACCGGUGCAGAAGAUCUGCAAAUACCCACUGCAGCUGGCAGAGCUUCUGAAGUACACUGCACAGGAUCACAGUGACUACAGAUACGUGGCUGCUGCUCUCGCCGUCAUGAGGAACGUGACCCUACAGAUCAACGAGCGGAAGCGCAGGCUGGAGAACAUUGACAAGAUAGCUCAGUGGCAGGCCUCCGUUCUGGACUGGGAGGGAGAUGACAUCUUGGACCGCAGCUCAGAGCUGAUCUACACGGGAGAGAUGUCCUGGAUUUACCAGCCUUAUGGACGGAACCAGCAGCGUGUUUUCUUUCUCUUUGAUCACCAGAUGGUUCUCUGCAAGAAGGACCUGAUAAGAAGAGAUAUUCUGUAUUACAAGGGUCGCAUAGACAUGGAUAAAUACGAAGUGGUGGAUAUAGAAGAUGGGAGAGAUGAUGACUUCAAUGUCAGCAUGAAGAAUGCCUUCAAACUUCAUAACAAGGAGACUGAGGAAAUGCACUUAUUCUUUGCCAAGAAACUGGAGGAGAAGUUACGAUGGCUUAGAGCUUUCAGAGAAGAAAGAAAGAUGGUAAAAGAAGAUGAAAAGAUAGGCUUUGAAAUAUCUGAGAAUCAGAAGCGACAAGCGGCAAUGACAGUAAAGAAAGUCAGUAAGCAAAAAGGUGUGAGCUACUCCAAGUCGGUUCCUCCAGCCUACCCACCACCCCAGGAUCCAUUAAAUCAGGGACAAUACAUGGUGACAGAUGGCAUAUCCCAGUCCCAGGUCUUCGAGUUCACCGAACCCAGACGCAGCCAGGCACCAUUCUGGCAAAACUUCAGCAGGUUAACACCAUUCAAAAAAUAAUACCUAGAGAGAUGGAGAAUUUUAACUUAAA